AUGCCCUUGAUCAACGACCUACUUGAAGAUCUGGAGUCGACACUUGGGUACUGCUCUUUGGAUAUGGCGAGUGGAUUUUGGGUGGUGAAAAUGACGGAUCGUGCUCGUUUGAUCUCGGCUUUCAUAACUCCCUUUGGGUUAUUUGAGUGGAAUCGAAUGCCUUUCGGCCUGAAGAAUGCACACCAGAUCUAUCAACGUAUGAUCGACAACUACUUGGCUGUGUUUGAGGGCGGGGAACCGGUGGAUCCAAGCAAACCAUCGGUGUUUGAGCGUAGAUCAUAUAUCGAUGACAUCCUGAUCCCCGCCAAUAACUGGGAUCAACUAUGCGACCGAGUCGAGGGUUUGCUCGAAGCAUGUGAUAAGUGGAACCUGUCGAUCAGUGUGGUUAAGAGUUUCUGGGGAAUGCCUAAGGUGGGAUAUCUGGGUCAUAAGGUCUCCCACAAUGGACUGGAGGCGAACCCGAAUGAUCUGUCGGCGUUGACGGAUCUAGCAUUCCCUGGAUCACUUCGAACCCUGCAGUCAUUUUUGGGAAGUCUGAACUAUUACAGCCGAUUUAUCGAAGACUACGCGAUCUAUGCGGCAGUUUUGUAUGAAUUGCUAGAAAACGUGGGUCAAGGAUCACAGGAAGAUCAGGCGGUCGACCACCGAAAGGCUCUAGAUCUGGAGGCGCAAGAUCCCACUGAGGUGGAUCCGCGUUGGAUCCAUGCUCAUCGAUCCUUCAGUGCGCUCAAGGCCAAGAUUGCUACUACUCCGAUCUUACGGCACUUUGAUCCAGAUCGGAGAGCCACGGCCAUGGUGUAUGCUAGCGAUUGGGCCAUUUCGGGGUCAUUGAUGCAGGAAUACAACCAGAUCUACUACCCCUCGAAUGAGCUAAAUUAUGGUAUCGCGGAGAAAGAGGUAUUAGCUCUUCUGAGGAUCCUGGAUCUUAACUACAAUGCACUGGUCGGACGUCCGAUUGACACAAAGUGA